CAGAGAUACAAACAACUGCUGCAGUCUCCUCUGAUCCUCUCUCCCUCGCAUCGUCCGCCCGCCACCAUCACAACGUCCUCCGCCGCCGCCAGCCAGCAAACCCUAGACCUAAUGGCCACCUCCGCCGCCACUAGCUCCUUCCCUUCCUACCUGAUCCCGGCCUCCGCCUCCCGCCGCCAAGGGUCUCAUCGAAUCCGGGCGUCCUCGUCGGUGGAGGGGGUGAUGGACGUGGUAUCGGAGGCGGAGCUGAGGGAGAAGGGGUUCAUGGGGAUGCGGAAGACGAAGCUGAUUUGCACGGUGGGACCCGCGUGCCUGGAUGCGCUGCCGGCGCUGGCACGCGGCGGGAUGGGCGUGGCGCGGGUCAACCUCUGCCACGGCGGCCGCGAAUGGCACCGCGCCGCAAUGCGCGAGGUGCGGAGGCUCAACGAGGAGGAGGGUUUCUGCGUCUCCCUCAUGGUCGACACAGAGGGCUCUCAGCUUCUCGUCGCUGACCACGGUGGCAGUGCCUCCGUCAAAGCCGAGGAUCGGUCUGAAUGGUUAUUUACAAGUAAAAAAACUGAGAAAGCUCGUCCAUCUACAAUGCAUGUGAACUUUGAUAAGUUUUCUGAAGGCAUUUUAGUUGGUGAUGAGCUUGUCAUAGACGGUGGAAUGGCAACAUUUGUAGUUACAGAGAAGAUCAGGAAUGAUCUGCACUGUAAGUGCACAGACCCAGGUUUGCUUCUUCCUCGAGCCAAGUUGUCAUUCUGGAGGGACAGAAAAUUAGUUGAAAGGAACUUUGGGCUUCCUACAUUGUCGGCAAAGGAUUGGGCUGACAUAGAAUUUGGGAUAACUGAAGGAGUCGAUUGCAUUGCUCUUUCAUUUGUAAAAGAUGCUAAUGACAUCAAGCACCUUAAGACUUACCUGUCCAGAAGAUCAUUAGAACACAUCAAAAUAUUUGCAAAGAUUGAGAGUCUUGAAUCUCUCAAGAACCUGAAAGACAUCAUAGAGGCAUCGGAUGGAGUUAUGGUUGCACGUGGUGAUCUUGGAGUUCAGAUUCCUCUAGAACAAAUCCCAGCCAUCCAAGAGGUGAUUGUUGAACUAUGUAGAAACCUGAACAAGCCUGUGAUAGUUGCUUCUCAGCUUCUCGAAUCAAUGGUUGAAUACCCAACACCAACACGUGCAGAGGUGGCAGAUGUUUCUGAAGCAGUGCGGCAAUACGCUGAUGCUAUAAUGCUAUCAGCAGAGUCAGCUAUCGGUGCAUAUCCUGAGAAAGCUCUCUCUGUUCUUCGCGCCGCUAGUGAGAGGAUGGAGUCAUGGAGCCGUGAGGAAAACAUGCAAAGACUUCUUCCACAAUAUCAGCUUGCCAUAGCUCUGCCUGACCGGAUUUCGGAGCAAAUUUGCACUAGUGCUGUGGAAAUGGCAAACAACCUUGCCGUAGAUGCCAUCUUUGUUUACACAAAGCAUGGCCACAUGGCGUCACUCCUAUCGCGGAACCGGCCCAACCCUCCCAUCUUUGCGUUCACUGAUGAUGCCAAUUCGAGAAAGAGCAUGAACCUUUACUGGGGAGUAAUUCCACUUCAGUUACCGCUAUCAAAGAGCAUGGAUGAUAACUUCAAGCAAACCAUCAAACUACUGAAGUCCAAGGGUUCAGUGAAACCUGGAGAUUCUGUCUUGGUUGUCGCUGACUCAGAUCUAAACCAACCUCGUGCUGCUUCAUCAGUGUUCCAAUCCAUUCAGGUUCGGUUAGUGGACUAGGUUAGGCAUGAUUGAAAUGAUCACUGCUCGAAAACACGGAUGUCUGUUUACUACACGAAAGGUUACUCCAAAUGUGUUAACAGUGAAUGAUUUGUGGGUUUGUUCAUGGAUUACUUGUUUUCACUGCCCAAUAAGGUGCUAUUUGAUCAUUUUGAUAUUGACGAACACUGUUGCUGCUGUACACU